AUGUAUCAGGAUAAGGUCGUGUCUCGACCCAAAAUGACCAAUGGAAAUGGUCAUGAGUUCAUGCUCAUCCGUGACCUGAAGUAUCCAAUGAAAAACCUCAACCUAACCGUGAUUGUUCUGGAAGUUGGACGACCAAACUUCACUAAAGAUGGCCGAGAAGUGCGGACAUGCAAGGUGGCUGACAAGACAGGUUGCGUGAACAUGUCUGUCUGGGAUGAGCUUGGGCACAUCAUCAAGUCUGGAGACAUCCUGGAACUCAACAAUGCCUAUCUGGUUGCCUUCAAGCAGUGCCUUGCCAUCACCGUGAAUAUAGGAAAGGGUGGAGAGAUUCAUAAGGUUGGAGAAUUCUGCAUGCUCUUCUCAGAGACUCCCAACAUGAGCGAGCCAAAUCCUGAACUUCCCAAUCAGGUCAAUGACAAAAGGAAGGAGAAGGAAGGAGACUCAGGUCAAGCAGGGAAUUCUGGAGGGAGUUCUGGAAACAGCCACAGUGCCAGCAGUUCAAGUGGGCGUGUAAGAGGUGGUCGGGGGGGGCAUUCUGACCCAAGGAGGGGUCGUGGAGGGGGUGGGAAGAAGUAG